AUGAACGACGGACUUCUGGUAGAUUUCCUGCUGGAGGAUGACUUUGAAGAUGAUAUAAAGAACUUCGAUAAAGUCCAGCGGAAAUGGCUGGCUCAGGAUGGCCUAUUCUCGGUGAAUACUGGCCACUCAAUAAGAACCAAGAACCCACACAGCAGGCGAACUUUGAAGGCUAAGCAGAGGAAGAAACGAACGAGCCCGAAAGACGUGAUUGAAGACCCGAUGGAAGACCUUAUUAGUCUCAUUUUGAAAGACAGCCGCUUUGAUUUGGACAUUGACGAUAUUCAGGUGGAAAGCCCUAAUCAUGAACCUAGAAGCGGCUCUAAAAACAAGAACAAGAAUCUAAGGAGAAAGAAGAACAAAACUAUAGAUUUAGAUCGCCAGACUUUCGAAUCCAUUGCCAGGGAUGAAACUUUUCUGUUUAAUUUUGCUUUGAACGAAUUGUCGCUUGAAUCACCGCCAAAAGCUGGUGGUAAGGGUCCGAAAACAAAGAGUAGUGGGAAGAGUAGAAAUAAGAGCAAGAAUGCUCCACAGACGGCUAAUAGCUGUAACUCUGAUGAAAAUGUUGUCGAAGUCACGGAGACAAGCGUCAAGGUUGAGAUCGAAAACAAAUCAAACAAGAAGAAGUCCACUGAGUCCAAGAAAGGUGGGAAAAAGAAAUACCCCGUUCCUUCUAAAGCCUCUACGAAAAACCAAUCACCUGAGGCGGAUAAGAAACAAGACGUGCAAUCGAAGGAAACCUCUGAUUCAAGCGACAGACCUACCAAGAGCGCUAAGGCUAAAGUAAAAAAGCCAAAGCCAAAGCCAAAGCAAAAACGAGAAAAGGAGACCUAG